GAGGCGGGGUCGCGCGGGCCCGAGCAGGACGACCGCCAUCUUGCGCGAGCCGGAGUCCUGUCCCGCUUCUGCGGCCUAAAGUGCGCGCGAGUCGGCGGUGUUCACUUGCAGCGGCCCAGCUGAAUCCCUCGCCCGCCGCCUCUCUGCUCGGCCCGAGUCCAGCCCUCACGCCCUCAUCUGGGCUAGGUCCGGCCUCCCCGCCGGGUCACGCGGCUGCCCUGGGGACGAUGAACGGAGGAUAAAUGGUGCCCAAGGCAGACAGCGGUGCCUUCCUGCUGCUCUUCCUGCUGGUUCUCACUGUCACCGAGCCGCUGCGGCCAGAGCUUCGGUGCAACCCUGGGCAGUUUACAUGUCACAGUGGUACCAUCCAGUGCAUCCCCCUCCCCUGGCAGUGUGACGGCUGGCCAACGUGCGAGGAUAAAAGUGAUGAAGCUGACUGUCCAGAAGUGACUGGAGAAGCUCGUCCUUACCAUGGGAAGGAGACCUUGGACCUGUGGCAGGGGCGGACCAGAGGAGGUGACCCCACACACUUCCACACAGUGAACAUGGCUCAGCCUGUCCGCUUCAGCAGCUUCCUAGGGAAAUGCCCAACUGGGUGGCACCACUAUGAAGGCACAGCCAGCUGCUACCGGGUCUACCUCAGUGGAGAGAACUAUUGGGACGCUGCACAGACCUGCCAGCGUGUGAACGGCUCGCUCGCCACUUUCUCCACUGACCAGGAGCUGCGCUUCGUUCUGGCACAGGAAUGGGACCAGCCAGAGCGGAGCUUCGGCUGGAAAGACCAACGCAAGCUGUGGGUUGGUUAUCAGUAUAUCAUCACUGGGCGGAAUCAUUCCUUAGAAGGUCGCUGGGAAGUGGCAUUCAAAGGCUCCUCAGAAGUGUUUCUGCCUCCAGAUCCCAUCUUUGCCUCAGCCAUGUCUGAGAGUGACAAUGUGUUCUGCGCCCAGCUCCAGUGUUUCCACUUUCCUACACUGAGGCACCAUGACCUCCAUAGCUGGCAUGCCGAGAGCUGCUCUGAGAAGUCUUCGUUUCUGUGUAAAAGAAGUCAGACAUGUGUUGAUAUUAAAGACAAUGUGGUGGAUGAAGGGUUCUACUUCACUCCCAAGGGAGAUGACCCAUGCUUGAGCUGUACCUGCCAUCGAGGAGAGCCUGAGAUGUGCGUUGCUGCCCUGUGUGAAAGGCCUCAGGGAUGUCAGCAGUACCGCAAGGACCCUAAGGAAUGCUGCAAGUUCAUGUGUCUGGACCCAGAUGGUAGCAGCCUGUUUGACUCCAUGGCUAGUGGGAUGCGCCUGGUCGUCAGCUGCAUCUCCUCCUUCCUCAUCCUCUCACUGCUGCUUUUCAUGGUCCACCGGCUGCGCCAGAGGCGCCGGGAGCGCAUCGAGUCCCUGAUUGGAGCAAACUUGCACCAUUUCAACCUUGGUCGGAGGAUCCCUGGCUUUGACUAUGGCCCAGAUGGGUUUGGCACAGGCCUUACCCCACUACAUCUUUCUGACGAUGGGGAAGGUGGGACUUUCCAUUUCCACGACCCUCCACCUCCUUAUACAGCAUACAAGUACCCAGAUAUGGACCAGCCGGAUGAUCCACCACCACCCUAUGAGGCUUCCAUCAACCCGGACAGUAUGUUCUACGACCCUGCAGAUGACGAUGCCUUUGAACCUGCGGAGGCCAGCCUGCCAACCUCAAGGGACGGUGGCAUUGAGGGUGCAUUGCCCAGGCACCUGGAACAUCCACUGCCCCCUGCAGAUACCUCCUUGACAGAUCUGGAAGAUUCCACAGACAGCAGCAGUGCCCUGCUGGUGCCUCCUGACCAGAACGGGAACACCCCAGCUACAGAGGCACCACCAGUUGGAGGGCGCCAUCCCCUCGGCUCCCUCAGUACUGUGGUUUAGGUGACUCAGCUCAUGACCCCAGUGGGCUGGGAGUAUCUGUUUCCUGUUCAGAAGACACCUAUCCCAGUGGGAGACUUAAAGGGGUCCUGUCAUAGACCUACUCCACUGCCACAUACUACCAGCAGCGGGGGGUGUACAUAGAAACUGAAGGCAGGCACCCCGAGAGAGGAACAAGUGCCUGUGUCAUCCUUAUCUGAGGGCUUCUCAAACAUGAAAAGUUUUGGGUCAGUCUCAUUUUUAAAUGGCAGAAUGACACAAGUUUUCAAACCACACCAAAUACAUCUUUGGAUGGGCUUACUUAGUGCACUGUCUCACCCACAGAAGCCAGUCAUCAACCAGUGACUGCACCAGUGUAGACAGACACAGAGCAGGGCUACCACUAUGUGCAGCACUCCUGACUCCGUAGAGACAUCAGAGCAUCUGUGAACUGCUUCCGGGGAACACAUUGGCCGCUGCAGCACUGGCUCUCUGGGGGCAUCCUCUUCCGGCCCAAAUGGAAAUAUCGAGGUGCCAGUCCCUGGGAGAAAAUUGGACUUGCCACCCCAUUUCUAGCUUUGCUUUGAGCCAACACUGUGGCAGCACUCUCCAUGGCGUAUAGCUCUGCAUGGCUCCCCAGGAGUAGACUCUAGAUGCCUGUGCAGGGUUGGGCAUGCUGGCUUUUCUCUGCCACACUCUGGAUCCCUGUAUCUGCUUGCUGGUGAAUAACCAUUGGGUUUAGCCAGCCCCCUUGUCUGUGCCAUAAAAGGUUGUUUGUUUUGGGAAGAGUGGGCAUCCUGUGUUGUGUUAUCUGAGUCCACUUCACCCUAUGACCACUGCUGGAACCCAGCAUCUACUGGCCACACAUGCCUCCCAGCCCCUCCACAGUACUGGGUACCUAGGCUUUUUGCCCAGAGGCCCCUGUUGCCAACUCCAUGUGGUGGUCUGGUCUCCCGGCACAGGCCUUUGGCAUUUCUAAGGGUUGGAGGUUAAGCGAGUUCUGUGCAAUUUUUAGCACAUCUGUAUCUUUUCUGUGUUGGAUGUCUGGAUCUUUCUGUAUCUAUGUGUGUCCUCACAUGACUAAAUGUUUGCAAGUGAUGGUGGUUCAUGGGAGUUCAGGACAGGCUAUCCCACAUGAGCCAUUUGCCUGAGCUGCUUCCUAGGCUGUGGUCAGUGGGACUGUGACUCCUGUCCAGCUAAGAACACGAGCAGGAGAAACGACUAAGACCCUCCAGCUCUUUGGUGCUCGAUCAGACAUGCACAAUCCUAGGCACAUUUUUACACUGCUUGGAAAAAACCUGUUCCCCCUUCCCAUAAUGGAGCAUCUUCAGACUGGAUCCCCAGGGCUAACUGGAGGUAUAAGAUUUGUCUGUCCCUGGAUAGUCUGUCUCAAGGCUGAGCCCACAGGCUAGCUGCUGUGGACAUCCUCUGCCAAAGGGCUCUUGCCUCCUUUACCAAUGGCUGAGAAGAACGAAGUUCAUCAUGCCUCCUGCAAGUAUUGAGUGGUGGGCACUGUGCUCCAGAACAGCAGUGGGGAUCUGUCUUGGUGCCAGGCCACCCAGAAGAGUCUUAAGGACCACACAGAAGACCAUAUUACAGACUGAAAUUCUCUGGGGACCAAAUGACUUUUGGGGUUGGGGCCAGAGUCCAGAAGGCAGAGUUGCAGAGGGUGACCUAAAGUGGACCAUGGUGCUGCUGAGAUGAGGUGGGCCUGACAGGACUGCCAGGGUCUGUCCAGCAAGCAUUCAGGGUGGGUGUGGCCUGUGUUUGGAGCUGUUCACACUAUUGUUAUUGCAGUCUAAGCACUGGGGUCUGCCACCCUCUCCAGAUCUUACUGGUGAAUAAUCCCAGGUCCAGGAUUUUCUAAGGUUUGUUUCCUUGCCCAUCCCACAAGGCCCCAAGGGACAGGCCAAGCUCCUGGGAGGCCCCUUUCCCAGGACUGCCUUGCCACUCUUCUGAGAGGCUAGGUGCCCUCUGACCUGCCUUGAAGUGGAAUUUGAUACUGUACAUUGUCUCAAUGCCUGUUUUUACAUACUUCUUUCACUAAAGAUUUUAGUUUGGGUGUAUUUUUGGUCGGGUUGGCAUUAAUCCUUUCUUAAGAUGCUGUGAGAACCAUUUCAUCCAAUGCCAAAUAAACUUGUGUUAUGGAAAA